GCCCGGCGCAGCAUGGCCAAGCACCACCGCACACCGGCGCGCAGCCCGGAGCCCGUCAUCGAGGUCAAGAGCAAGGUGAGCGCGCCCGCCCCCAGGGUGGGGGGCGGCGAGGUAGAGAGGGGGGGUCAAAUCUGUUGCUGCUGAUUUGCCCGGGAGAAAGAAGGGGAAUGUGCUCACCUGCAGCAGGGCAAGCUCUGCGCAUCGGCGGCGCCGGAGCUGCAGCCUCUCCAGCUCGGGAGUGGUUUUCCAGACCCACAAACGCGAGGUCCGUCUAGCUCGCCCCCUUCCCCUCAUGUCGCGGGGGCCCAGGUCACGCCGGGGGCCCGUUCGCCCUGCUGGGGGCAGCCUUGAUCCGGCUUGCAGCAGGUGCACCGGGCAGCUGCCGCCACCGUCUCCCCCCCCCCCCCACGCCAGGCUUGUACCAUCCCCACGACGGGCUUGCGCGACGCAUCUCGCCCUCCCCACCCACCCCCGCUUUCUUUCCUGUCCCGGGUGUCUGCUGUGCGCGUCUAGCCUGGCCUAGUGGAUGGCGGAACUGGCCGAUUGUUUAUGCUGCCCCCCCCCCCCCCCGCCAAUCCUUCGGCAGUGUGGAGACUGCCAGCAGAGGAUUAUUGCUCCGAUCCGUGGGGAUUUCUGCCUUCGAUGCGGAGUAUGUGUGCGGGAAAACCUCCUUCUCCCGGGAAAGGGAACCGAGGGAUGCCAGAGUUCUCCGCCGGUUAUGCAAUGGUGCACCAGAACCGGGCAUCAGACCCGUGGCUAUUUAGCAUCGGGGCCUCGGAGGGAUGCCGAGCUGAUUUCUGGAAGCGAGGGGAUGCCUCAAGGAAUCGGUGAAGCCGGAUAUUGAUCCAGCGCUAAAUCCGAUUUGGAAGUGAAGGGAGGUGGGAUACGUGGUGGGUCAGCAGGUAUGCAGUUCAGUCUUCUUGGGUUUAUUAACGUGCCUUCGAGAGAGCAGUAAUAGAGAAUGGAGAGAGAUCCUUUACGAUGUAUUUCCCUCCCCAAAUAAGCAUUGCAAACGCGAGGACAGAUCUCCAACUUCAGACUGGAGGUCGCAGAACCCAACUGAUCUUUCUUAGAAUUCUACUGACGAUUGACAUCAAUUCUCCCUUGGGAUUAAAUUUGUUGUUCUCUUUAGAGGGUCAGAAUUUUCCCACAAGCAACUGGCUGGGACAGACAGGCACACCCCAGAUUAUAUACAGCAUUUCUGGAGCAUCCCUUGACUUAAGUCCAAUGAGGAAUCAUGGCUAUUUGGUAAAGCACAUGCUUUGCAUGCAAAACGUCCCAGGAUGAAUCCCUGAAUUUCUAGUUAAAAGGUCUGGGUGAUGGGACAGACCUCUGCCUAAGACCCUGGAGAGAUGGUGGCAAUCAGAGCAGAGGACAACACCAAGCUGAGUGUGCGAAUAACCUGGCUUACUGUAAGGCAGGCAUUAUCCAAAGUUCCCUGUUUGGCUUUAAUAGGCUGUUUGUUGCUCUAAUUUACAGUGGUACCUCGGGUUACAUACACUUCAUGUUACAUGCGCUUCAGGUUACAGACUCCGCUAACCCAGGAAUAGUACCUCUGGUUAAGAACUUUGCUUCAGGAUGAGAACAGAAAUUGCACGGCGGCGGCAGGAGGCCCCAUUAGCUAAAGUGGUACUUCAGGUUAAGUACAGUUUCAGGUUAAGAAUGGACCUCUGGAACGAUUUAAGUACUUAACCUGAGGUACCACUGUAUAUCCUGCCUUUAAGAACACAAAUCCUUUGACAAGAUCCCAGGUUUGGACCCUGACAGUGACGUAGCGUGGGUUGUCAGCACCCGGGGCAAGGCAAGUAAUUUGCGCCCCCUAACCCGUGGAUUUGCGCCCCCUAACCCUAACCCCCAGAUGUUGUGCCCGGUGCGGCCGGCCCCCCCUGCACCCCCCACGCUACGCCACUGGACCCUGACAUCUUCAGGUAGGGCCGGGAAAGGUGCCAGCCUGAAAUUCUGGAGAGCUGCCAUUGGUCAGCAUAGAGGAUACUGAGCUGGUAUGCAAAACGGCCCCCAAAUAUAAUUAGAAUCUGACAAUAUCAAAAACUCAUCAGUCGAUGAAACUGCAGGGCAGAAGCAAGAAGCCUGUGGCCCUCGAAAUGCUGCUGAACUGCAGCCCCCAUCAUUGCUAACCAUUGGCUAUGGUUGCAGGGGCUGAUGGGAGUUGGAGUCCAACAACAUCUGGAGGGCCACAGGUUUCCUGCCCUGCUGUAGGGGGAUGGAAUAGUCCAGCUCAAAUAGGAGCAAGUGCCUGGUAUUGUUUUCACCUGCUUUUGUCCUUCUCUCCCUCUUUCUUGGUCAGAGCCGUAGCCAGAUGAUCUUGCGCCCUUGGCAGAACCGUCCAGAUUGCACCCCCAGCCACGGACAAAUUAGCUCUUCUUUCUGCCUCUCCUCCAACCCCCCAACCCCCAUUCAAUUCACCCUCUAUUUAAAACUUUUUCUUAUGAGGCAAUAAUCAAUAUUUUUAUUUAUAUUUAUGGAAAUACUCACCACCCCCUAGCUACAGCCCUGCUCUCGACCCUACUAGAACUGAUGUUAUUUCUCUUAUGUGGGGAUUCGCCCCAUUUUUGGGGUCCUUCAAAUAAGGUUUUGUAACAGUUCAUGAUUUGUGAAAACGCCGUCUGGUGGGGGGACAUCCCACACAAUACAGCAUCUCUCUUGGGCUUUUCUCCUGGCUGGCCGAGGUGUCUUUUUGUUCCUCUAGGGCAGAGGAUGGGAAACCUGCACCCUUGGCCCAAUUUCAUAUGAUUGACAAGGAUAGGGGGAAAGGGGGGUGUCCACGAACCUUUGACUGUGGUCCCAGCCACUUUGACUCCAACCCUGCCCACUGCUGGAUUCCUCCUCUUGACAGAAAAAAGGUUGCCCACCCACACACCCCACUGAAGAAGGAAGCUGCUUCAAAAGUUGUGAUCUGCUUUGUGCACCUAGACUCAUACAGGCUCGAUUGGGGAGCUGGGAGGUGACAAGAGGCAGAACUAAGUUGGAAAGGGAAAUGCUGCUGGCCAUUCACAGUUCUGUAAAUCUUUUUGGUUUGACCCUUUCUUAUCCAGGCACCUUCCCAAAAAUAUUCCCUGCUGCUUCUAGACAUAGCCUUCCACAAUGCAAUUAUCUAUUCAUUGGGGUUGGGAAUUUUGUGGCCCUCCAGAUGUUGCUGGACUACAGUACCUAUCCUUGCUGACCAUUGGCUAUACAGUCAUACCUCAUGUUACGUUUGCUUCAGGUUGAGCGUUUUCAGGUUGCGUCCCACGGCGACCCAGAAGUACUGGAAAGGGUUACUUCCGGGUUUCACCACUCGCGCAUGUGCAGAAGCGACAAAUUGCAACCCGCAGAAGUGCAAACAUGGGUUGCAUUCUGCUCAUGUUGCGAACGGGCCUCUGGAACGGAUCCCGUUCACAACCAGAGGAGCACUGUACUGGUUGGGGCUGAUGUGAGCUGCCAUCUAACAUCUGGAAGGUCACAGGUUUCUCACCUCUGCUCUUCUGUGUCCUAUAUGAGCAGCAUCCUCCUUGCUAAUACCACCUCCCUUUAGGUUGGUCUUUCCUUUGUGUGUCUGUAUUAAUUAGGAGCAAUACCUCUGAGUUUCAGAUGGAACAGAGGAAGCUGCCUUAUAUCAAGUCAGUUGAUUGGUUAAUCUUACUCAGUAUUGUCUGCACUGACAGGCAGAGACUCUCCAGGGUUUCAGGCAGAAGUCCUUCUUAAACUUACUGGAAGAUGCCUGAGUUUGAACCUGCAUCCUUUUGCUUGUAAUUCUUUCAGCAUUACAACAGUGUGUUGAAAAUGAUCCUCUCCUUUUUUGCAGUGGGGGGGGGGGGAGAUGUGGGGAGAAGCCAUCAUGUAGAAAGCUCUUUAUUUAUAUGUGAAGUUGUCAAUAUGUUUAUUGAUUGAUCAAUUCUAGUAAAUGUCUACCUUACCUUUUGGACUCCCAAAGGAGACCCUGAGCAGUUUCCAGAUUUAUUUUUUUAAAAAACUGCACAGUAAAAAUAAUGAGAUAAAAGAAAAGCAACAGCAAAUAUAAUAAUAAACAAAUCAUAAUAUUUAUUAUAUAUAUAUUUAUAUUAUUGUUUCUCACCCCAAAUGAUAGUUUGGUUACAUGAUUGAGGUAUGUAUCUGCAGUUGGUUAAUGAGAACAUUCUUUAACUGAUACAUACAAAAGUAAUGAGGAGUUUUUUCUCCACUUCAGUCGUUAUGUUCAAGUAGUUGGCCAUGUGUAAAUAAUACUGUGACUGGUACCUGCACAUUGUGCAGGUGGAGAAGGGAGGCAUAUCAUUCCUGUCUCCUAGCAGAGACCCCAGGAGAAGAUGAGAGGAAGCAAGAUAACAAAUGCAUGAAGAAGAGCUUACUGAUCCCUUAUAACCACUUCUAAAUGAGUUGGUACUCUACUUACCAGGAGUCGUGUUCUUAAAAGAAAAGACUUUAGCAGUUUUGUACUUCAUCUGCAUUAAAGCUAGCAGUUUUAAUUCCCUGGCAUAUCUGUUAAGGAUGCUACACAACACCCCCCCCCCCUUAAAGAUAAGGACUGAGAAAUCAAAAGGGUAGCCUUGAUUUGGGGAGGAAAUACUGACCUACUGAAGCAGAGUCCAAAGUCCUUUGGCAGCAGUAAGGCUGGCAGUUGCCAUGUAUUGCAAGUCUUUCCCCGAAUUUGCUGGGACGUGUUAGCAGCUUGCUGAUUUACAUUUGGCCAUCUCCUUUUAUACAGUUUGAUGCUGAGUAUCGCCGCUUUGCCAUGAAGCGCUCCACUGCGGGUGGCUUCCAAGAAUUCUACCAGCUGAUCCAGAGAGUCCACCAAAUCCCUUGCGUGGAUGUCUUGCUUGGGUAUACGGAUAUCCAUGGAGACCUGCUGCCCAUCAACAAUGAUGACAAUUACCACAAGGCUCUGUCAUCUGCCAAUCCUCUGCUCCGGAUCAUCAUCCAGAAACGUGGUAAGAAGGUUCUUAAGGAGGGGGCUAGAGUUCACUUUCAUUUUAAUCCAGCUAAUUUAUUCUAUUUACCAUAUUUUUCCGUGUAUAACACACCCCUGUGUAUAAGACAACGCCUAUUUUUUGGGAAUGAACCAAGUGCCGGUCCCCCCUAUGCAUUAUCCAUGUAUAAGACGACCCCCAAUUUUAAACUUGAAAAAUUGGGGGGAAUUAUAGUCUUAUACACAGAAAAAUAUGGUACUUUAUUCUAUCCUGCCUGUCACCCAAGGAACUCAAGAGAGUGUUGAGCUCAGAGCAGUAUACAUCAUUUUCUUCACCCACUGAUUUUUUCUUCACAACAGCCUUGCCAGGUUGGGUAGGCUGUAGCUGGCUUGGGGAUCUGAAGCCUGGAUUUCCCCAGAUCAUGAUCUAACCACAAUGCCACCAUUACCUGCAGAGGCAAGAAUGCCUUGAGAUCAGGAUUAGAAAUGAAGUAUGCUAAAAUUCUCCAAAUAAGAGAAGAUAUAGGCAGUUUUGUUCUCUGUGUUUGUGGGUGUGAAAGUUUGUGUGUGAGUGCAAUAUAUAUAUAUAUAUAGAGAGAGAGAGAGAGAGAGGGAGGGAGGGAGACUAAUCAAUUUCUGCUAGCCAGGAGAAAAGGCAAGGAACUGAACAAAACAACAAAACUGCCAUGAAUAACUAAAAGUCCCACUCAGCCCUCCUAUGGCUAGUCAGACUUCAUUCAGCUCUAUGCACUUGUCUUUAUCAGUUUGUCUUUGUAGGUAGAAGGACUAGUAACUUGAUUUUUAGCAACAGCAACAAAGGCACACGAUGCAGUGCAUUUGCUGAAACUAAGCAAAUGUAGCACUGUUUGGAAACCCCUCAUGUAUGCUGCUUUGAGUUCUGUGACAGAUGAAAGACAGGGUAUAAAUACAAUAAGCAAAGCAAAGCUCAAAUAUUCAGAAACUGAAUUUUGUGCCAGAUCCCAGAUUUUGCACACCUACAGUGUAAUUGUGGAAGUGGGAAAUGUGCCGUGCACGCGGUGCUUUUAAUGCUCAGGCUGUGGAUCUCUGUGAUGGAGGGCAUCAGUGCCAUCUUAACCAUGUCCAUUCAGAAGUAGGCUCCAUUGAGCUCAGUAGAAUUUUCUCCCAAGUAAGCAAUCCUAGCACUCCCUUACAUGAGAGUAAGCUCCACUGACUUCAAUAGGACUUGGUUCUGAAUAGAAUUGGUUAGAAUUACACUGUCUGUGCCUAAGUUGAUGGUACUCAGAUAUUACAACAAUGGAUUAUUUCCUAACCAUUUUAAAGGCAGAACAGUUUGGUGGGUGUUACGGAGGGCCCUGCUGAAUAGAGACAGCACUGAUAUAUUUUAAGGAACAGUAUCCAGAAAUUAUUUUUGCAGUCCUGAGACAGCAACACUCUAUGUCCUAAAUCUAUUUAAAGGACAAAAAUGAGAUUUUCCUGUAUCUGAAUCUCGCCUAACAGCAUCUUUAUUUGUCUAAAGUAUUUUUACCUAACUCUUCAGCCAAAAAAAGGCUCCCAUAAUUACUUACAACAAUCAAUAAUAAGAUUGCCCCGUCUUCAACAUUACAUUCUAAAAGACACAGCACAAAAGGAAAGGAGAUUGGGACUGGUGGAGGAAAAAAAGCUAACUCAGCCGGACACAACUUCUUAGUUUCUCACAAGGAGGGACAGAGCAAGCUCCCUAUAGCUGCUUUCUGUUUCGCUAAUGGAUGGGUCCAGGUUGGUCUAUCCCUGUUUUUCCCCAUCUUGCUCAUUCAUGUACUCUUAAGGCUAGUAGUGGGCAGCAGAUGGGGCAGAUUUUCAUUCUAAAUGAGAAAGACAUUUGCUUUCUUGAGCAUUGUCUCCAUCAGCCAACCCACAGGAACUCCAGAGUGGAUUAUUUCUGGGCUUUAUAAGGCAAUAACAACUAAUUAAAACAGUGACUCCUUGAAUAGCUUCACCAAAUCAUCCCCACCCCACCCCCCGCUUGUUUGCAGAUUAGAUUAAACCGUAAAAACCAGUUGGAGACAGCCUGACCCAAACCUGUAAAGGUAAAGGGACCCCUGACCAUUAGGUCCAGUCAUGACCGACUCUGGGGUUGCGGCGCUCAUCUUGCUUUAUUGGCUGAGGGAGCCGGCGUACAGCUUCCGGGUCAUGUGGCCAGCAUGACUAGGCCGCUUCUGGCGAACCAGAGCAGCGCACGGAAACCCCGUUUACCUUCCCGCUGGAGUGGUACCUAUUUAUCUACUUGUACUUUGAUGUGCUUUCGAACUGCUAGGUUGGCAGGAGCCAGGGACCAAGCAAUGGGGGCUCACCCUGUCGCUGGGAUUCAAACCGCCGACCUUCUGAUCGGCAAGUCCUAGGCUCUGUGGUUUAACCCACAGCGCCACCCGCGUCCCUGACCCAAACCUGUGCGGGAAGGCAAAUUAACACCCUGAAUGUUGUGGGAUGGACUUUUGAUGGCCAUGUGUCAGUUGUUGAAGCACAGUUUACAUUGCUCUUUGUUCCCAAUUCCAAUCACCAUUCCAUGCUUUAUAACUGCUUCCACGUUCCUGAUAUGUUAGAAGUUGGGGGUGGGCAGUUUUCAAAUUAUCAUUAUAAUAAAGCAAGAAAUACUCUGAACAUGUGAAACUUGACACUUUAAAAAGUCACUUAAACCCUAGCACCUUCAUGACCACAGCAAUAAAUUGGAGUUGGCUUCUGCUGCCCUGAUGUUCCAUGCAUUUACCUGGGGAUAAGUACAAUUUUGUUGUAGAAAAGGAUAUGUUCUUAAAAGUGGUCUAUGUAACAACACACAUGCCUGGCUGGCUGACCACUGAUCAUAAUUUUUUUGUGUGAAAAAUAAGUAAUGAUUCCAUAGUGACCAGCACUGGCCCAGGCAGCUGCUGUGUUGAUGCUGGGUCUGUUUACUGCUGCCUCCAUCAUUUGCCUCUCUCUGGGAGGUUGUUUAGGGGAACCUGGAUUGUGGCCCCAAGGCCCAGACCCAACAGCACAGCUGCUCAUACAUAAUUCCAUUGAGUUCAGUGGGGCUGACUCCUAGGGAAGUGGGUAUAGGAUUCUGUACCAGUGCUAGAACCACACUCACCCACUUCAGAGAGCAGAGUGUAUAUUUCUGUUGUUCUCUGCCAACUAAACAUACCAACAAACGAAAUCGAAGCUCCUUGAAACCAGAAGUGCAAAAAUCUCCUGUCAGAAUUAACUAUGCAAAUUAGGCAAACCGCAUAAGCCUAUUUUACUGAGCCACCAAAUCUGUUUUUGUACACCGGAAGCUGUUCUUCUGAGGGCUGGAUGGCAGGUCGCAGGAAAGAGAUGAAUGAAACAUUGGGGACAAUGCCAGCGUUACUGCUGAACACCCAGGAAUAUCCAGGCUCCUGUACAGAGGAGCUGUUACUGCCUGGUUUUGUUUUUUGCCUUCUGCAGAUGUUUUCAACACCCACUGCAAAUGGCCGUAAGAAAGGCCUCUUUUCCCUCUCUUACCUGAAGCCUCCUGCUCAAUGGCUGAUUCACCAGCCACAGCCCAGCAAAGGUUGCUAUGCCAAAACUUGAAGUGCAUCCUUAAGGUGGCCACCUAUGCAUUGCUUUAGAAAGAAGAAGAGUGCCAAUUUGCAUAAAGUGUUCAUAUGCUAAUUUAUCUGUAUAGAUGCAGGUUUAGAAAGAAUUUUUUAAAAAAGAAAUAAUUACUUUGAUGAAAAUAGAAAUGCAUGUCACCGUAGUGCGGAAGACUGUAACCAGGUGAUCAAUGCGUCUGCUCAGUCUGUUGUCCAAGUGCUUACUGUUGAUGGGAGACUUCGAGGCCCCUGAUCCCCAUUCUCCCCCCGCCCUUAUGAUUUUUCAUCUUUGAAUUGGACUUGGGGUGGACAAAACGGUCCUCUGUAGAGCAGGACACCUGGGCACCCUAUGCAUCCUCCCUCUGCCCCCUGUGCUCUCCUCUGCCCUGCGGUUUUGCUCUUGGCUGCCUUCGUAGCACAGAAGAUGCUGCAGGGCUGCCAAGUACAAUGAUGCUGGUUGCUUGGCACCAGGAUUGGCAUUGCUGGGCAUUUGCCAGGACCUCUUGCCAGGUCUUUCCUUGGCUGGCUCAGCUUCUCUUCCUCCUCAUAGGAAGAUAGGAAUCUUCCAUCUCUUUGUCCAUCUUGCUCAGUAUUAUCCACACUGGCCAACACCAGCUCUCCAGGGCUUCAGGCUAUCUGAGCCCUUCGUGGAGAUGCCAGGGAUUGAACCUGGGACCUUCUGCAUGCAGGGGAGACCCAGAGUGGCUGGGGAAACCCAACCAGAUGGGUAGGGUAUAAAUUCUUCUUAUUCUUAUUCUCUAUCACCAGUCAAGGAAAAGGGUCAGAACUCUCCACUCACCUUGCUGUCCCUCUUGUUCUGGGCAGCACUGCAGAUUCGGCUCAGAAAGAGAGGGCAACUGACUGGGCAAUGGUGCAAGGUGUGAAGGAGAGAGGACCUCUUCCAGGAGGAAGGCCCAUGAAGGGCUUCUUGCUCAAGGGUCCUGCAAAACCUGAGGUGGCACUAGUUGGACUGGUUGCUGGGUGGGGUUGGGUGGAGAGAGAUUCCACAGCCCUGAACAGUCUCCCUGGGCUAAAAAUAAGCCGCUGCGCCAAAAACACUGUGUGAUAUUUAUAACUCUUGAGCUCCAUCUGACAAGCUCUGUAGAAUAAGGGGUGUGCCACUUAAGGAUAGAGACAUGGCAAGGCUGCUCUCCCUUCCACUUUGAGAAGUUUCUUGUCCUGUGUAGUACACUGACUUUGUUGAGUGUGUGUGUGUUCGUGUUUGUGCAUGGCCAUCUGUCACAGACGCAGGCUUGUAAACACAUCACCCAUCUGGUCUCCUGUGGCAAUCCAGAGUCUUCUCCAGGCAACCAGGCAAGAUAAAUUUGUCAAUGACUAGUUGUUGCUGGGGGUUUCUUGUUGGUGUUUUUGGUCUUCCACACUGCAAAUGACUAAAAAAGUGAACGGAGGCUCAUAAAAAGAGAGCUGAGGCCAGGGCCGGUUCCUUCUGUGGGCUUAAUUUACAAAGCUGCAGGGACCAGGCUGUGAAAUUGGACAUGCUCCCCUGGGUAGAUUGUGCAGGGAUUCCAAAACUCUGCUAGCACCGACUUCUGAGAUUGCUGUGGGGUGUGUAAGUAUGUACGAGUUUAGGUCCCAGGUGCCUCUCUUCUCUCAGAUAUUACAGAUAUUUCAACGGCACUAAAACCACAGAUCUGUUCAGACUCUUCCUAUUUCUUCAAGUCCAUUUUGUUGCUUGUCACAAAUAUCUUUGGCCUCUUUAGGGGGCUGGGUGAACUGUCCAUCCAGCUAGGUGCGAUGCAUAGGCAUGUGCAGCACAUUUCUUCAGGGUGUGCAUACAGGGAUAUUUAUUUAUUUCAUUGAAGGAAGAUGGGGGUGGGGUGGGGGAACAACAAGACAAGGAAGAGGUAAAGUGGCAACUGGACAAUUGUCAUCCAAAACCUCUGGAAGGCAGCACAUUGGGAAAGCCCAUUUUAUCCACUGCAAUUGUAGUUUUUUUAACAUCCUCAGAAUGAUUCUGUUUACCCAUGUGCAGAUUUACGCAAAACAAGUUGUUUAUCAAGUAAAACCCAUAUGACUAAUUGCCUCUGACUUCUUGAAUUGAGUGGCAUCUCAAAGGAAUCCCUCUUCCCCCCCCCAAACUGCAAAUUCUCCCUUUUGGCUGUAGCUGAUUUCUCCCUGGUGCAGCCCCAGGGAGCAAAUUCUUCCUUGCAAGGAGCCUCUUUCCAGCCUGACAGCCCUUCAAGCCUUUCCAGCUCUUUAGUAUCUCUUAUGUCCCUACAGCAUUCCCUGCAGUGUUGGCAUGCAGUGACAAAUAGUGCCCAGAUGGUAGAGGGGUCCCCUGCAGGCAUCCCUGGAGGAAAACAGAGUAGAAAAGAGUGUCCCCUGCUGUCAGCCGCCCUGUUUUCUGCAGAUCCCAAAACUUCUUAAUUCAGCCUUCUGCAGUGCCUGUCCUCUCAAGUCAUAUUAUCUUGAGAUAACAAUGCCUUUCGCCUUUCUGUAGUGACAAACUGAUAAGAGGUCAUUUGAAGCCCUCUGCUUGCCGACUGCACAGAGGACAUUCAUGAUAUGCUUCUCACAGUGCAGAAGAGAGCGCCCUUAAGAGUCUCUGCUUACUCUCUAGGGCAGGAAUGGGGAAUCCCAUCAGCCUCACCCCACACGGCCAAUGACCAGGCAUGGCAAGAGAUGUAGUGAGCAUUAUCUGGAGGGUCCCCAUUCCUGCUGCAGGGUCAAAACUGGGUGAUUAAAAGGACAUAUUUCUCCUCUCCUCCAGUUUAUUCAAUCUUUAAAUGCAUUUUUACUAGAUUUAGCAUUUGGGACUGACAAUCUUAAAUAAUAAACCCAAGUAUUUUAUAUAAAGUUCCUGCUCUGUGUAUGUGUGUGAUGGUCUGUUUACUCCACUGAAACCAAUUUAGAUUAACAUGCACUUGAUAAAUUAGCACAUGGAAUUAGCAAGAGGACAAGGGCUCUGCCUUGGUCUUCCUGUCUCUUUCUCCCACUGCCUCCCAGCACCAGAUCUUCAGAGCCAAUUCUCAUUUGUGCCUGUGUGUUCUGAGUCCCAGUUACUCCUGAUGAAUUCCCCUGGAAUUCAGAUGUGGGCACCUCAUGGAAACUGGCAGGUUCCGCUCUAGGGUCUGGCUGUUGGCACAGCCUUUAUUUUGCUUUUGCUGCAGGAGAACACCAGAGCCUGAGCUGGCAGCGACAGAGUUAAGUCUGCAGAGUACAGCUCAAAGUGUGAUUAAAACUGAAUUAUUCAUAUCCCCUUUAAUCCCAGCCUGGCAUACAGUGGGUAAUCCCAGAAGGGGCUGAGUUCCUCUUCCCUCUCCAGCACUGGCAGGUACAUCUAUCUAGGCAUGGGUCAGGAUCUGACCUGGGUAGAGAAGUGUGCGAGGAGGGAGUCAGCACUACUGAGCAGAAUGAGACCUGCUCAGCAUUUUGCAUUGGCUGUGCCUUCUGGUGCCUAAUGAUGUGGCGUUAUAAUACAAGGGAGUGGCACAUCACUCACGGUCAUGAUCUGUCAGGGCCCAAGUGUGAUCAACUUCCCCCCUUUUCUCCACCCCACGUCCCUGGCAAUAGGGAGCACUACAAAAGGAAUGCUGUAAGAGCCAUUCACAUUUCAAUGGAAAUAUAGUCAUUCUCUGUAAUGCACACUGGGGUCUCAACCUGUGUUAUUUCUGGUACUGCUCCUUGCUCACAGGGUUUAUAUAUAAACUACUACCACAAAACAGUGGUGUCCCACUUCCCCCCUCCUCCCCAGCCAAAAAGACACUUUUGCAUUCAGAUGUUGUAAACUGGAAAUGUUUCUCCUGUCAUGCAACAUUAUUAACUCCCAUGAUGCUAAAACAUUCAGCGUCUCAAAAAUUCCAAGGUUGUUAGAGAACCAGCAGCUCCCAAGGGAUACAGAUCAGCUGGCUAAACGCAGACAGGUUUUGUUGAAAAGCCUUCUUUGGUAUGAGAGAAAUUUAUAGUGCCUGGCAACCACCUCUGCAGUAGCUGACACUGUGUCUGUGAUCAUCUAGACAACUUGGGGGUCCUAAAGAGCUGGAAAGUAGGGAUACAAAUAUUCAAGCAAAUCAAUAAUGUGUUUGGCAGAGCAACGAAGAAAGGAACUAUGGAUAUGAACAAAACGGGAUGAGCUGGGUGUUUGUCCUGGGUGCCAUGCUAAACUCAGCAGCUCAGUGUUAAGUUUGUUAAGUCUGUGGUGCAUUGGUAAAAAUUAUUUUUCCCUAGUUUUUAUUUUAUUUUACUAGUAACUCAUUCUGAACCAUAAGCAAACAAUCAUAACCCCAACAUGGAUCUUUCUGCUCCAUAUUCUCAUAACUUAAGAUGUAUGUUUCAGUGAGCUUACCAGACAAUGGGUGGUAUUCAGCUGAGUUUUACUCAGAGUAGAACCAUUGAAAUGAACGAGACUCAGUUAGGUUCAUUAAGUUAAAUCACUCAUGCACCACACUCAUACCAGUCAGGGGAAAACUGUUGAAAGCUAGUUUUUGUCCCCUUUCAUGGGCAUUUCUGGGGAAAUCGGGGAGCAGGAGGGCCUGUUGCAGAGCCAGGUUUUGCAAUCCUGCACAAGAAGCGCUGGGCUUGGUAAUGCUGCAAAACUGAUCAUGGCAGGUGGAAGGGGUGUGUUCCUAAAGCACUAUUAAUCCUAGAGAUGGCCCUUGAUUUGUGUUGAAGUCAGGAUGAGUGCACAGGGGACAGAGAGAGGACUAGGAACAUAAGAAGAGGCUGCUGGAUCUGACCACAUGCCCAUCUAGUCCAUCAUCCUGUUCUCACGGUGGCCAGCAUAUUGUCUAUGGGAAGCCCAUAAGCAGGACAUGAGCACAACAGCCCUCUCCCUGCCUGUGAUUCCCAGCAAGAGGUAUUCAAAGGCAUACUGAUACUUGACAAUGGAGGUAGAAUAUGGUGGCUAGUAGAACCUCAAUGAAGUUGGGAGAUAUUUGACACCUGGGGAACAAGGGUUGGGCUUGAGCAGUGGAGACCUGCCCAUCUGAUCUGUGCUUGCUUUGCUUUCUUUCCUUCUUGCAGCGGAAGCCGACACCAGCGUCUUCGCCUCCAACUCGCUGCAGCGGAAGAAGAAGGGGCUUCUUCGCCCUGUGCACCAGCGGGCCAAGCCGCACUUGCUGAUUGGCAUGCCGCAGGACUUCCGUCAGAUCUCCUCCAUCAUCGAUGUGGACAUUCUGCCCGAGACCCACCGGCGGGUGCGGCUGCACAAGCACGGUUCCAACAAGCCCCUUGGCUUCUACAUCCGGGAUGGGGUCAGCGUGCGCGUGGCACCCCACGGUGUUGAGAAGGUGCCCGGCAUCUUCAUCUCCCGCUUGGUCAAGGGGGGCCUGGCGGAAAGCACGGGGCUGCUGGCCGUGAAUGACGAGAUCCUGGAAGUCAACGGCAUCGAUGUGGCAGGCAAGUCGCUGGACCAGGUCACGGACAUGAUGGUGGCCAACAGCCACAACCUCAUCAUCACCGUCAAGCCGGCCAACCAGCGCAACAAUGUGAUCCGCAGCAGCAAGGCCUCGGGCAGCUCUGGCGUGUCCACGGACAGCACCCCCAGCCAGCAGACACCUAGCCCGGCCUCCCAGUACCUGAGCAACUGCAGCACAGCAGAGGGCGAGAGUGACGAAGAGGGUGACCUGGUGAUUGAGAGUGAUCUGCCUGCCAGCUGCCCCAAUGGCGGCCUCCUGGAGAGCUUGCAGCACAGCCUGUCCCUCUACAGCUCCCAGGGUUCGCUGCCCUCCCUGAACAGUCACAGCGGCAGCGGCAGCCCAAUCCGGGGCAGCCGAGCAGGCAGCCUCCGGGAGGAUGGCACGGUCAUCACGCUAUAGCCCCAGGCAGUGCCCCUCCCUUAUCUUCUGAAUUUCAGCAUUUCCACGGUCAGUUUGGCAGUACCUUCUUCCUGGCCAAUGGAGCUGGAACUGGGGGCCCCAUGUCGAACCCAAGACACUGCCCAGACCUGCCACCAUAGACUCUCUCUUGCUCAUGGCCUGCAGACCCAGUGGCACUCUCUCCGCAGCUGCUGGAGCAAAGGUGGCAGCUGGGGUUUGGAGCACUUGGGGCCAAGCCACUUUCCUCCCAGUCCUUAGCCACCCAGGAGGUUCUUUCUUGCUCCCCAUUGAACCAAAGCAAUGGGAGUUCUACUACCUUCUCCAUUCCCUCUCUUCAGCUCCUGUCUUCAUUCUGGACAGGUAGAAGGAAAAAGGCAGGGAUGCUCUUGCCUCUCUCACAGUCUCUGGUUCUCCCAUCCACCAACUGUCAGCUCUCAUGAAGUGUUUGUUUUUAGUUAUUUGUUUUUACGAUAACAUGCAUCACAGAUUAAUAUAUUGCAACAAACUAUUAAAACUUUUUUUUUUAAAGAAAUGUGCAUUCACAUGAUUUUUAGAAGUGUGCUGGUCAAGCACGAUGAGGAAGCUCUGGUGCCUGUGCUGGGAAAUUGAGCAGGGUGGUCCCAAACAUGCAAGAUGCAUUAUUCUGCUCAAUAGGAUGUUGGGACCCAUUGGGACUGGUAGGGCAGCAAGGGAAAUGUGACUGAGGCAACUUGGCUUUUUGUUGUCUGACUUGGGUGGAUAGAUGUUUAGCUGACUGGCUAGAUCAACUGCUGGAUCAGGAUCUGAAACUGAGUUGCACCUGAAGCAUAGCUGCUACUUUCUGUUAAGGGUUUUGUUUUUGUUUUUAAAUAAAACACAUAGGAAGCUGCCUUAGACUUAGUCGGACCACUGGUCCAUCUAUUGUCUACAGUGACUGGCAGUGGCUCCUCCAGGGUUUCAGGCAGGGUUCUCUCUAAG